UGGAUUUGUCAUUGCUUGGAAGUGAGCGCGUUGUGCUUAUUGAUUAUACAUCAAAAGCAAUUAAUUUAUCUUAUUGAAGGAAACUUACUACCUCGUGAAUAGUUAUUAAAUUAUGGAUUAUUAAAGUACGAUAUAUUCAACUAACGACAUGGUUGUUUCACCACAAACCCCCGACAACGAUUCCCAAAGUGUGCAAACAAAAAGAAACAAUAUGGCGUCCAAACAAUCCUCUGUGGCUGAUACAAGAGCAGAGUUGGCGGAAUUGGUGAAAAGAAAAGCUGAAGUAGCCGAAACCCUUGCCAACUUGGAACGCCAGAUAUAUGCAUUUGAAGGUUCAUAUUUAGAAGACACUCAACUUUAUGGAAAUAUCAUCAGAGGAUGGGACCGAUACUUGACCACCAACAAGAGUACAAACUCAAAGGCAGACAAACGAAACAGGAAAUUCAAAGAAGCAGAGAGAUUGUUUUCAAAAUCCAGUAUUACAUCUAUGGCUGCAGUUAGCGGUCUUGUUGAUCCGGCUGAAGCUAAAAAUGAAAGAAACAGUGAGACUGAAUCACAGACAAAUGAAGACUCUUCGGACACACAAAUCAGUUCAGGACUUAAUGUUAGCAGUUUGAACCACACCACAAUACAUGGUUCCACUGAAAGUAUAGCAUCUAAACCUUCAGGGAAGCAGCACACCAAUGGUGGUAUUGAAAAAGUUAUCAGCCAUUCUCAAACAAAGCAAAAUUUGACACAAAAGAUUGCUUCCUCAUCUGGGAUGUUGCAGAAAGCGUUUGGAAGUGAUAGUAAAAUGUUGUCCGCUGUAGGGCUGGAUAGCAGACCUAGUACACCUAAGGACAAAGACUCUAGUAUGAAUAUGUUGAACAAGGGAGAUAUGACACCAAACUCAUUGAAACACAAGAUGUCUGCGACCAGUACAAGUAGUAGUAACAGUAUGAAGAAAAAUAACAACAAGAAAGCUAGACAUCGGUAAUUAAAUUCACAUUAGCGACUUAAUCUGUUUUUAUGUGCCUAAAAUGUGCGUACUUAUCAUUUAGAGCCAAUUUUAUCAAAAAUAGUUUUAUUUCUUUGGUCAAUUUGUAAAUACAUAUUGUGUUAAAUGUUAUAAUGAGUUUUAUUAAGCCUAAUUCAAUUUGAUCUUCCAAGAGAACGCAGAAUGCUUUGCUUGAAUCUCGACUCUGAAAUUGAGAGAAGAGUUGUAUCAAAGGAACUGAUAGAAUUAUAUAGCUUGAAUUAGAGAAUGGUUGGUUAUUCUGUGUUAUACUUACGCUUCAAAACAUUGGGUAAAUCUCUCAUGGGGCUGCAGUAUCUCAAAACCAAAUAAUAUAGUAUUGGUAACAAUGAAAUGAUGCCUGUGGAGACUAAGAACACCACUUCAGGAGUUCUUCUCACUUUGCAACAAUUUAAUGUUUUACUCCAUAUAGAUCUUGUUGUAUUCAUCUGAAAGUUGGAAAUAAUUAUAUUUUAAUUCUUAAAAUAUGAAAGAUAAGAUAAUAAUGAAUAAAUAUUGAGAGAACUUACAGAGUCUACAAUGUCCAUACAAAUACUGUCAACUCCAAUAGCAUCUGCGCUCAAUGUUUUAUAAUAAUUGUCCAGCUUUAUAUAAGAUUGCAUGCAGUUAUCACAAACAACUUUACUGUCAUUUGAUGAAGGAACUAUGUACUUCAUAAUACAAUCAAUUGUUUGAUUAAAUAGUUCAUUAAAA